AUGGCCUCCGACGCCUCCCGCCCGACCCUCUCAAGUCUUGAAAACGAACGCGGAACACGCCGCGAGAAGGUCAAGAACGCGCUGCAGGAAGAGGAGGACCCGCUCGCGACAUAUCUCCAGUUCAUCAAGUGGACGGAAGAGAACUACCGCGGCGAGCUGCUCGGACAGUCCGGCCUGCUCGUCCUGCUGGAGGAAGCGUGCCGGACCUUUAUUGACGAUGCGAGCUACAAGUGCGAUCUCAGGUACUUCAAGAUAUGGGCGCGGUACGCCAGUCUGGUCGAGAAGCCGUCGGCGGUAUACUCUUACCUCCUGGACAAAGAGAUCGGGGUAGUCUUUUCGCAACUGUACGACGAGUAUGCUUUGCAGUUGGAGAGGGAACGACAGUAUGCCAAGGCCGAAGAGAUCUACCAGAAAGGGAUCAAACGCCGUGCAAGACCCAUGGAACGACUACGCAAGAGCUACGAAGAAUUUCAGAAACGAUCAGCGAGUACGCCACGAACGGCACCUCCCAAGCUGCGCCAGCCCCGCUGCAAGUGGGCAGCUGAAGACGAGGCGCUCCGCCAGCACCCCCUGCGAAACAUUAAACCCUCAUCCUCGUUGCCAUCUCUCCUGUCCUCGUCUUCCUCCGCCGCCCCCGAAUCCUCAAACUCGAUGUUCAUACACCCCACGUGCACGGCAGAAGCACGCUACAAGGUCAUGACCGCCCCUCCGCCUGAAGGGAAACGUCCCGAGAAACGGCGCUUCAACUUUGACCUGCUCUGGACGAAAGAGGGUGUAGAGUACAGCAUCCAAGAGGCCAGGGCGCGCUCAAAGGGCCUGCUCAACAAGAAAUGGGACCCCGAUCCCGUCUCGAUACAGCGCGUGCAGUUCAACGACGACGGGCAGAAGACCUCGCGGGGGUACACCACCACGGGCCGAAGGCUGCUCACAGCCGGAGAACCUACUGUUACCAUCAACACCAAAGAAGCGUUGGCAGAUGUGUUUGGCAUGUACAAUUCCCCGGAGAAGUCGAUGCGGUUUGCGAACGUCGCCGGGAGUAAGCACGCGCCGGUCAAGAAGAUCGAGCCUAUGGCGCCGCUUGUCUUUUCCGCGGGUCAAUCGCGGUCGACUACUAACGAGAACCCAAUGCCACAUGCAAACGCUCCAGCGAGGACGCCUCUGCAAGCAUUCCGACCUUUCACAGACGAGAAUGCAGACGCAGACCUUCCCCGGAGCCGCGCUACAUCGGACGAAAAUUCCGGAGCACAUCCCAAGACGCCAGUAUUCCGGCCGUUCGUCGAGGAGGAAAAGGUGAACAACGCCAGGCCAGCUUUCCGGCCUUUCUUGGAAGAAACUGCCAAGAGCAGCACUCCAGGUGUCUUCAAGACCCCAGAUGCGGGUAGGCGAGCCUUGGCUAUGAAAGAUAGCUCCGCCUCGAAGGACGGUCGGGACGAGAACGCGCCUGCGCUGAGGGUACCAGUCUUCAAGCCUCUUUCUGAACAAGCCAUUGUCUUUAGGCCGCCUAGCGUUGAGGAGAAGCCGGCCUUGGGCGGCACUUCGAUUGCAGCGACAAAGCUGCCUUCAACAAGCCAGGCCUUCACGCCCUUCAGGGAAGCUAACGGGCCUGGUCGGGUGUUCAGCCGUCCCUCGGAGAACGCCUUUGUGCCUAAGCGGAGCGUCCUUGGCGAGAAGGCUGGAGAUAGGCUCGAUGAAGUUCCACCGAGUAACCGCCUACCGUUGCGGCAGGCUUUCACACCGUUCGUAGAGGCAGAUCCUGAAGACAACUGGGAUCCUAGCGAAGACAGCUGGGACGACGAGGAGCAGGAGCAGGCAGAGUUCCAGCCGGCGGAGGAGGACGAGGGUUUCUCCUCUAACCCUACGGAAGACGAGGAAGAGAACUACGAGUAUCAGGAGGAGCUCGAGCCGUACCACACGAGGGAGGCGCCCCUUGGGGGCCGCUUCGGCAGCUUCGAUAUUAUGACGCCCAUCACGGAACGCACGUACGAGUUCACCAUGAGCACGCGUGCGUUCACGCCGACCUCAACCGCGGAAAGAGCAUUUCUGGAGGAAGAUGCUCACGACGCCGCUGAGCAGCUAGCUGAAGAGCUCCGAACAGAACGGGAAUGGGCGGAAUACCGAGAGGCGUCGGUUCCCCACAACGGCACUGCUCCCGAAGAAGAGCAGCACAGAUACAGCUCUUUAGGCGAAGAGAAUGUUCCUCCUUUCCGAGUCUCUGACGGUCACACUAUACCUCUACCACCGAACCAGGUGUUCACGGCUCCAGAACCGCCUCUCCCGCGGCAGAUGGGCCGCCUCAGCCUGUCCGACACUCUGCUCACCGUGUCGUCGUUUGUCCCGCCAAAUCCCUGCAAUCCGUUCGACCCGGACAUCAUUCAGACCCUGCUGGGCAUAAGCCCUCGUGACGCGUCCUGCCAUGACUUGAAGCAGGAGAAUGCUGGGCAGCUAGAGAAGUUGCAGAAAUUCGCCGAGAAGCGGCAAAGAAGAAGCAGCGGCAACACCAGCGGAAACACUAGUCGACUAGCGGACACCCUGGACGUCUUCGACCUGCGCAUUGCGGACAGUCGGUUCGAAGUAACCCACAAACUAGGCGAGGGCGGCUUCGGAGCAGUUUUUGCCGCCAAGGACAUAUCUUCGAGGACUGACGAUGACGACUUCGAGGACGACGAUGAAGAUGCUUCUCUAUACGCUAUCAAGGUAGUCAAGCCGCGAAAUCUGUGGGAAUACCACAUCUUGCGGAGGAUCCAUCGCACGCUGUCUCCCCGGUUGAAAUGUUCCGUAGUUCAAGCACACGCCCUCUACGCUUUCCACGACGAGAGCUAUUUGAUCCUUGAUCUCUGCCCUCAAGGGACUCUACUAGACGUGGUCAACAAUGCCAGCAAAAUGAGCGUGUCUCAACAGGGUGCCUGCCUUGACGAAGUCCUGGUGACCUUUUUUAGUGUCGAAUUGAUACGCCUCAUCGAGGGAAUGCACAGCGCUGGUAUCAUCCAUGGAGACCUAAAGAUAGACAACUGUCUCCUCCGUCUGGAAGACGCGCCUGGCGGUCUAUCAGCUUGGUCUACCAUCUACCAACCAUCUGGAAAAGAUGGCUGGGAAUAUAAGGGCAUCAAGUUGAUCGAUUUCGGACGCACCAUUGAUACACAAGUAUUCCCGGCAGGCCAGCAAUUCAUAGCUGACUGGCCUGCGGACGCCCGAGAUUGCUUCGAGAUCCGGGAGAACAGGCCAUGGACCUACCAGACGGACUACUUCGGUCUGGCUGGAAUAAUAUAUUGUCUCUUGUUCGGGAAAUAUCUGGAGAAGGCCGCUAUAGUCCCCGUAGACGAUGCGGCGGGACAAGAGGGCUGCCGAUACAAGCUGUCCACUCCCUUCAAGCGCUACUGGAACACUGAUUUGUGGAGUCGUCUGUUCGACCUUCUGCUGAAUCCUUGCUUCGUUCGCGAGGACGGUAAACUGCCACUCUGCGAGGAGAUCAGUGUAUUGAGGAAGGAGAUGGAGGCAUGGUUAGAGAAGAAUUGCGAUCGAAGUUCGGGUUCAUUACGGGCCCUGCUGAAGAAGAUAGAGAAGUUUGUGAAUAGCUGA